GCAGCUGAGUCCGAAGAGCCCCACACAGCCCUGAGCCCAUUUCCCAAAGCUGCUACCAACAGAGCCCAGCAAGAUCUUCCAGGAUGAACGGCUUCCUCUUCCUCCUCCUCACUAUCGGCCUUCUGGUGAUGUUUCAGAUACAAACUGGAGUCUUGGGAAACCAGACCACCCCAGUCCCAGGGAUCCCGACGAUCCGGACCACCAUGACCACCACCCAGACCACCACCCAGACUACCACGUCCACGACCACAAGGCACCCCAUGAGCACAGCCGAGGCCAAAGAAACACUCACAACCAAAAAGAAACCCAAGAGCGGGGCCCCAGCUCUCAGCGACAUGGGUGUUGGCAGUUUCUUCCUCUUCUUGAUCAAUGUUCUCAUCCACCUCCUCCACCUCAGCUAAGGCAACAGUGUCACCUCUGGCCUUACACCCACCAAAACCGCUGCCACAUCAGUGGCCAGAGUACCCUUUCCCAUCAUCCCUGGGAGGGGUUGAGUCCAGGGAUCCCAGGUGAUAGAAACUGACAAGCAGUGCCAUGUGGGUGGUGGCCAAAGUGUUGGGGGGUGUCAAGGUGGAGGGGGCAGAUGCUACCCUGCUGGGGGUCAAUAAACGUAUCUUUGUGUUUA